AUGGACGCCGGCAAAGAUAACGCAAACCCAACCAUUAUCAAUCCCUCCGAUCUGCCAUCACGCCGCAAGACCGCCGCACGGACAACGAAGAACUCCCAAGGAAUCUUCCGCGCUCUAGCGCCCAUCCACGUCAGCGAUCCGAGCGAUCCGUGGGCAUCGCCGACGGAUUUCACAUCGUCGGACGACAGCGACGACGCCUUCGUGAGCGGCGAAGAUGAAGCCCGCGACGAGGCGGAGGCUGGCGAGCGCGAAGAAAUCGACGAGCAGGAAAUCUACGACCUGAUCUCCACGAUCAUGGACCCGGAGCACCCGCUGACCCUGGGCUCGCUGGGCGUGGUGAACCUCUCCGACAUCAAGAUCUUCCCGCCGAGCUCUCCGCGCUCGCGCAUCAGCUCCGUCCAGGUGCUGGUGACGCCGACGACGUCCGCUUGUUCCCUGACGACGGUCAUCGGGCUGGGCGUCAAAGUCCGCCUGGUCAAUGCGCUGCCGCCUCGGUUCCGCAUCGAUGUGCGCAUCAAAGAGGGGACGUCGGCAUCCGCCGAUGAGGCCAACAAGCAGCUAGGCGACAAGGAACGUGUCGCUGCCGCCAUGGAGAAUCGAAAUCUCAUCAACAUGGUCAACCACAUGUUAUCGUCGUGUGCAUGA